AAUAAUAAGACCAGACCACUGCAGGGGUCAAUAUGUCAACCUCAGUUCCACAAGAUUUUGAUGCAUGCCAUCAUCUUCUUGCUUGAAAUUCAUGGCAAUCCAAACCAUACAUACUCAUGAAUAUGAAACCAAAGAUACUGAAAUCUUGGCAGCAUUCCGAGUAACUCCCCAACCUGGAGUUCCGCCUGAGGAAGCAGGAGCUGCGGUAGCUGAGCGAAUCUCUUCGCCCUACGCUGAGUCGUAGUUCUAUUUCGCUAUUGUCCGUCAAAUUUUACCAACUAAAGAUGUCCUUAAAUGCUGUUAAAAUGGAUGGCUAUGUAAAGCAAAUGUUCAUCUACUUUUUUCUGCUCUCAACCAUCAGCCCAUCCCAUGCAGCAGACGCCAUUACUCCCGGUCAGUCCAUAACAGACGGUAGGACAAUAAUCUCAAGCGGCCAAACUUAUGAACUUGGAUUCUUCAGCCCGGGUAGUUCAUCAGCAAGAUACUUAGGAAUUUGGUUAAACAAAAUCUCAACCGGAACUGUAAUUUGGGUGGCCAACAGAGAAUCUCCAAUUCUUGAUCGCUCAGGAACUCUCAACUUCACUCACCAAGGUACUCUUCUUCUUCAAAAUCGCACAAAAAAUGUUAUCUGGUCGUCAAACAACACAAAAAAUGGAAGAAAUCCAGUUGCUCAGCUUUUGGAUUCAGGAAAUUUUGUUGUCAGAGAAAAUAAUGACGAGAAUCCAGAAAAUUAUCUCUAUCAAAGCUUUGAUUAUCCCGGUGACACCAAUUUACCUGGUAUGAAACUCGGCAGGAGCUUUCGUACCGGUCUUGACUGGACUAUUACUUCUUGGAAAACCUUGGAUGAUCCUGCUAAAGGUGAGUAUAGUUUUGGGAUAGAUCCUAGAGGGUAUCCACAAAUGAUGUAUAAGAAAGGAGAUCUAAUAAAGUUCCGAGCCGGAUCGUGGAACGGUAUUCGUUUUACGGGAGCUGCAAGACUGAGACCGAAUCCUGUGUAUAGAUAUGAAUUUGUGUUGAAUGAAAAUGAAGUUUACUACAAAAUCUAUCUUUUAAACAGUUCAGUUCUGUCGAGAUUGGUGGUGAACGCGUCGGGGGUGACCGAGAGACUGACAUGGAUAGAGCAAACACAUAGUUGGGCAAGAUUCUUUGCUGUAGGUGAAGAUCAGUGCGAUGAUUAUAAUCUCUGCGGUGCUAAUGCUAAAUGUAACAUCAAUAACGUACCGAUGUGUGCUUGUUUGGAAGGGUUUGAACCGAAAUCAGCUCGAGAUUGGAGCUAUCAGGACUGGUCCAGUGGGUGUGUGAGAAAAUCUGCUUUGGCGUGUGCUAAAGGAGAAGGGUUUGAGAAGCAUAUCGAAAUGAAAAUGCCCGACACGUCUAGAUCUUGGUAUAAUCGGAGCAUGAGCCUAAAAGAAUGUGAAGAUGUGUGCUCGAGGAAUUGUUCGUGUGUAGCGUUUGCAAAUACGGAUAUUAUAAAAGGAAGUGGGUGCUUGCUUUGGUUUAGUGACUUGAUCGAUUUAAGAGAAUUCCCUGGUGCCGGUCAAGAACUCUAUGUACGAAUGCCUGCUUCGUAUCUCGAUGGCAUCAACAAGAAGAAGGAAUCGAAGAGGCGGAAGCGAAUAGGAAUUUUUCUCUGCACUAUUCUUUUAGGCAUAGGAGUUCUUUCAUUGGGAUUGGUCCUCUACAUAAGGAGAACAAAACAAAAAUCCCAAGCAAAAAUGAGAAGCAUAACUGAAAAAAAUUGCAACAUUCAAAGCAGAAAUGAAGACCUGGAUCUACCAUUAAUUGAUUUGAUGACUAUAAUGAAGGUGACUGAUAACUUUUCAAACAAAAACAAGCUAGGAGAAGGCGGAUUUGGACCUGUUUACAAGGGCGUACUAGUUGACGGGCAAGAAAUUGCAGUGAAGAGGCUUUCUGUGAGUUCAGGACAAGGAGUGGAAGAGUUCAAAAACGAAGUAGUACUCAUUGCAAAACUUCAGCACCGCAAUCUUGUGAAACUUCUUGGUUGUUGCAUUGAAGGAGAUGAAAGAAUGUUAAUCUAUGAAUACAUGCCCAAUAAGAGCCUCGACUUUUUCAUUUUCGAUCAAUCAAGAAGCAAGCUGUUGGAUUGGAAUAAGCGGAUUAAUAUUAUUGAUGGUAUUGCUAGAGGGCUUUUAUAUCUUCAUCAGGACUCUAGACUCAGGAUAAUUCAUAGAGAUCUCAAAGCUAGUAAUGUUUUACUCGACCAAGAUAUGAACCCGAAAAUUUCAGAUUUCGGCAUGGCGCGAAUAUUUGGCGGUGAUCAAAUUGAGGCAAAUACAACUAGAGUUGUGGGAACAUUUGGCUAUAUGGCUCCUGAGUAUGCCGUGGAUGGACUGUUUUCAAUGAAAUCUGACAUAUUUAGCUUUGGGGUGUUAGUAUUGGAGGUUGUGAGUGGCAGGAAAAACAGAGGAUUUUACAGCCAUGAUCAUCUCCAUAACCUUCUUGGACAUGCAUGGAGACUGUGGAUGGAGCAGAGGCCAUUGGACUUAAUCGAGGAUAUGUUAGGCGAAUCAGGUGCACUUUCUGAAAUCGUUCGACGCGUUCAUGUAGGUUUGCUAUGCGUUCAACAACGACCUGAGGAUAGGCCGAACAUGUCAACUGUAGUACUAAUGUUGGGUGGGGAAAGUUCAUUACCACAGCCUAAGCAGCCUGGAUUUUUCACUGAAAGGAAUUUGCCUGAAGCUGAAUCGUCUUCGAGCUGUUACAAAUCGACGACGUCAAUCAACGAAAUCACCAUCACUAUGCUUGACCCUAGGUAGAAUCACAGAAUAACUAUUUGCUAUAUUAGUAGUAAUUAGUUAAUACUGAAAUAAAGAAAUUUUGUUAGAAUGUUCAAUCUGCACUAGAAUUACUGUUAGCCUACCUCUAUUAGUUUACUAUUGAUUUUGGGAGAAAAUAUAUCUUCAAUGUGAUAAUUUUUUCUUUGUUUUGUA